AUGGAUACAUUAAGGUUUUACUUUGUGACCUGGAAUGUAGCUACCAAGUCUCCGGGUCAAGAUUUAAAUUCUUUAUUAGAUUUUCCAUCACAGUUCAAUAAAAACAAGCCAUUACCGGAUUUUUAUGUCAUUGGCCUGCAAGAGGUGAAGUCCCAGCCACAGAAUAUGGUAAUGGAUAGUUUGUUCACUGACCCAUGGACCUCCACAUUCAAUAAAAUUCUUUGUAGGCAAGGCUAUAUCAUUGCAAAAAGCAUACGACUACAAGGAAUUUUAAUGUUGGUUUAUACUCAAAUGAAACAUGUGACACAUUUGAGAUAUAUAGAGGCUCAGUACACUAAAACUGGUUUAGGGGGAUUGUGGGGUAAUAAAGGUGCAGUGAGUGUAAGAUUCAAUAUUUAUGGUUGCUCCAUAUGCCUUGUUAACUGUCAUUUGACAGCACAUGAACACUUACUUGCUGAUCGUAUAAAUGAUUACAACACUAUUAUAAAGCAACAUCUAUACCAUGUCACUGAAACCAGUAACAUCCUGUACCAUGAUUACGUGUUUUGGUUGGGCGAUUUGAAUUUCCGCACUGACCACCCCGCCGGUGCGAGCCCCUCGUCAGAAGAGAUUGUCGCCGCCCUGCGUACAGUGGAGAAGGACAAAUACACCUCACUAUUGAGGCACGACCAGCUUGUCGCCGCGAUGGAGGCCGGCGAGGCGUUCUCAGAGUUCACCGAGUCCGAGAUUCGAUUCCCGCCCACCUACAAGUUCAACAUCGGCACCGACGACUACGACAUGAAGAGAAAGCCCUCGUGGACUGACAGGAUACUGUACAAGGUGAUUGCGAACAAUUACGAAAACAUCACUCUGAGGGCCGACGUCAUAUCUUACAAUCACUUGCCGCAUUACAUAGUGAGCGAUCAUAAACCGGUGGUCGCUCAAUUCUUCGUCAAGAUCCCGUGUGCGCUCGCCCUAUCUCACGAUGCCUCGACGCCGAGCGCGGGACGCUCUGCGGUCCGAAUGCGCGCCGCCUUAGUACCGGCCGCCGUCUUGACCGCCGAGCUGGUAUCAUUCGAAGACAGCUGUGCGUAUAGCGAAGCGGUUACCACCGAUGAGUGCAGCGAGGCCGUCGAAAGCCUCGCCGAUGUUCCCGCUACAGAGACCUUUUCCAACUACACUGAGAAGACUGUGGAGUUCGCCCCCGUACGCAGAAUAUGGUACAUUGGCGACGCCGAUUUCCGUACAACGACUGGAUCGGCACGUGCACAUGUGUCGCACGAUGCCGCUGACUUCCACAACCUGGACGACUACAUCGCGUACGAGUACUUGGCGAAGGUGGCGGUGCCUGAAGCCGUGACCGCCAGUGGACAGCCGCGCACUAUAACCCUCAGCUUCCCAGUUGGGAGCGGAGUCCGAACGCCGGGCUUCUACCGUUUCAUAUACUUCAGCCAGCCGAGCAAUGACGUCAGAAGCGUAUUAGGUAUCUCGGAGCCGUUCGAGGUUAGCAGAAAGGAGGACCGGCUAGUGGCGAUAGACCCGUGCGAGCAGGCGUCCACCAGCGGCCGCGCGGGUCAAGCGAAGCCGACCACCGCGACCACGGACCUCUUCUCCGACUUCACGGGCCUGGACGUGGCCAAGCUGUCGCGCCAUUUCUCCAACGACCUGAGCAUCGAC